AUGCAAAAGGCCGCUGCGAUAGACCGCCGAACAGCCUACAAUCUUUGCCUUGUUUCGUCGUGGACGAGACGGAUCGCAGAGUGCCACCUGUACGCGGUGAUCAUCGCAAACGACCACGACAAGCCAAGCGCGGGCCUCAUCAGACGUUGGAUAGCAGAUAUCAUGGAGGGUGGACGGAAGGGCGCGAUCGCGAGAACGCGAGCUGGCCAUGUCCGUCAACUAUGGAUAGAUUCGUUUUACCCGAGCGGAGCGAACCCCGCGUAUCGUCUGCACGAACUCUACCUACACGAGCCGUUCUUAUCGAGCCGACUCCUGCUAUUCCCGAACCUGGAGUCGAUCGGUUGGGCACAGCGCCGUAAUGCUAUCUGGCUGUGGAAGGAAAUCGCGGCCUUCGCUUCACGCCUGCCCGCAGAGACGACUGAGAAAGACGAGACCCUCGCAAGAACGCGAAGAAAGGAGCUUCACGUUACAGUCGACUUCAAAGCGGUUUCUCUUCACCACUACUCGCCCAUUACUCCUACCUCCGUCGACGCGAUCACUCACCUGCGCAUCCACCACUUGACAGAGUACCUAGCGCCGAACUCGGUGUUGGCCACGUACCGAAGUCUGACUCAUCUCUCUAUGGCCACGCGCGCAGCUACCGGCGAGUUGCUCGUUAACUCGCACUCGCUCGCGGCUCCAACAUUCGCCCACUUGAAAAUGCAUGUAAUCGAAUUGCCUCAGAAAGGUUCGGGGUCCCAGGGUCAGGAAUGUCUGAGAGAAAUCAAGAUGCAACGUGCCCGCGGCUACCCGAUAUUCGCUGUCAUGCAGAUGGCGUCACUGCAUGAUGACUGGGAAAGAGAGGCGUCUGGGGGCGACAGCAUUUGGCAGCGAGCACGGACUUUCGCGAGCGCGCUAGAGCGCCAGAACUGGGAGUACGACUUCGACAACCCGCAAGCAGCGUCAUAA